CAGAUUGAUGCAUCAGGAUAUAGCGACAAAAUAUCACAAAACCUCCCAUCGGACGCGCAUCAGGGCGGCCAAAUCCAAGAGCGAGGUCCGAUUGAGUCGCUAUCUAGGUCUCUCAUAGAGACUUUAGGUCUCAUUCUUACUGAGGUCAGAAUAUACCUCGACAGGGCUCCACACUAUAGUUCCCUGGAGUCAAGUUGUGCAGCAUUGUUUUUCUGGGAUACUGACCUAGGAUUAUCGCGAGGCGAGCUCGAUGAUAUGCUACAAGACUCGCCUCAGCUGCGCGAUACUUGUCUUACUGUUCUUGUGUCAAUCUCCCAAUUUGUCAGCACAUCGUUGAUAUGUCUCAUCAGUAGCGAGCGGCGUCGAAAAGAAGUGUUACAGUCAACAAGGAUUUUGACCUAUCUAGACCAAACCGCUAAUAUGGUUGAGCAGCAAUAUCAUUCAACCCACGAGCCCGAGCAAGAUGCCGAAGCAUUGUGUCAGACUCUCCGUACAAAAAUCGAUACUCUUAUCAUGCUAGCACCCAGCCUGGAAUCAACGGCAGAAGAAAGCUUUGAUGACGAGGAGCCACGUGCUAUCCAAUACCUCGAGAAACACUUUCCAGAGCAGGCCUACAUCAACAGCGUUUCGGAAAAGUUCCCUCUAGCAGCGUCAGCAAUUGUGGCUCAACUAGGAAAAUUGAACUGGGAUCGAUACAACCACGUACUCCAUUUACAGCGCGAAACGAUGCAGCAGGAACUCCAAAUGGCCGUCAUGGAGAAGGCAAGGACAUUAUUCAAUGACUCUGGUCUCGGGGUAUCUUUACCAGCACAGUCAAAAGCUGCUUCCAGCUCAGGAUCUGUAUACGCACCCUCAAUUGCGUCUACCAGGGCGGAAGCAAGUCACAAACGUGUGCCUCCACUUCCGGCACAAGCACGGUCUGGUGAGCCUUUUACCUGCGAAAUCUGCAACAAACAAGUCAAGUUUCAGCGCACUAAAGCAUGGAAAAAGCAUGUCUUUGGUGACAUACUGGCAUAUGCUUGCUUCUUCGCCGAUUGCUGCAACACUCGCAUGUUCUUCGAGGACAGUGAUGCGCUAAUGACCCACUUACAAGACCAGCAUGGGAUGGAUGUUCGAAUCUCUGAUGUGGAGUGCCCUCUCUGCAUGGAGUUUACUUCUGGGGACCGUGAUGUCCUAGCACUCCACAUUGCCCGCCAUAUGGAAGAAAUCGCUCUUGCUAUACUACCUUCUGGUGUUGAAUCUGACGAAGAAUCAGCAGGUGAUUCCGCAAGC